CGAGACGCCGACACACAGACAGGUCGACCAAACGACUGAGCGCUUUGAUAGUUCCGUCAGUCGUGAUCGUGCUCACGGUGCAGAUCUUGCAAGUUUCGUCGUACAACUGGUGAAGAACGUACACGUCCCAUCUGAAACAGGGUCGACUCGUGGCACGCAGGACGCCACGCCGUUUCCAAUUGCUUAUUGUUUCUCAGGCCGGUCAGCUGUACGCGCCGUCCAAGCUCCACCUGCUUUGUAAACCUCUUCAGAGUUCUCAGAGCGGUUCGUUGCGAUCAAUUAGUGAGACAAGUGCUGCCUUAUAGAAUUCGUGGUGUUCCAAUCGCGUGUGCCAGUUGACGAGAGCGUGCAAGUGAAUAUUCAUAUUGGGCGGUAGUACGAAGGAAAGAAGUGCGCGUGUAAAACGAACGGCCUAUAGUUAAUACGGCGUGCCAAGGGUUAAGUUGCCCGAUGAGGUGAUGAGAGAUCGGCCAAGCUUCCACUUAACAGAAGAGUAAAAGGAAGUAGAAGCGCAAACCCUACAGAAGGUGGCAACAAUCUACGGAUAAGACGGAUUUACGACAGCGUGCGAGGCAGCAGGUCUUCAAGCGGAACUAGCUUGACUCUUGCGUUUCACAGUGACAACUUAAUCGGCUGCAUAGUCGGCUCACUGUUAAAAGAAAUUCGACUGACUGAUUUCUGUGCCUGUGCUCCUUUUUCUCGCUUCGUGCCAGGCAAUGGCCUCGCUGGAUAUUGAAACAGUGCCCAGCCAGAGCUGGUUGCCCCUGCCGGACAAAGAUUCUCGAGUUGACGGUUGGCUCCUGUUAGGCAACCCUGCGCCGAUCGUCACUAUUCUUGCCUGUUAUGUUUAUAUCGUCAAGGUUAUCGGGCCGGCGAUGAUGAAGAAUUCGAAGGCAUACGAAUUGCGUCCCAUUAUUCUUCUCUAUAAUGCUGCUAUGGUUAUAACAAAUUUGUCUAUCUCCAGCUACGUUUACUACCACGCUUUCUGGAAAGGACACUUCAACAUGUGGUUUACUGCUCCUGACCUUGGCGAUCACCCGACCACGAUUCUGCUUCUGAAUGUGUCCUGGUAUUAUCUUAUCCUUCGCUUGUCCGAAUGUAUUGAGACCAUCCUGUUCGUUUUAAGGAAGCGCUUCCGACAGGUCUCCACCCUCCACGUUUUUCAUCACGUAUCCGUGACGUUCUCAGUUUAUCUCUAUGUCACGUACGGUGGCUUCGCGCUCGCGUCGUUUGAGCUCACGUUCAAUGCAGUCAUUCAUGUAGUUAUGUAUGGCUAUUACUUUCUGUCGGCAUGCGGUCCCGAGAUCCAGAAGUACCUUUGGUGGAAAAAGUACCUUACCACAUUGCAGCUUGUCCAGUUCGUGAUUAUGAUCGUGCGGAACAUUAUGCUCGUGUUCUGGCUUAAUAACCGAUACUCUGCCCUCCCGGCGUUUAUGCUGUUCCAGUGCUUCGUCUUCUUUCUUCAGUUUUUCCACUUCUACAUUCAGUCAUAUCGCCAGAAACGCGAUGAGAAGCUACAAAAGGAAGCUGCAGCCGCCGCUGCAGUAGCCGCCCAACAAAGCGUAUGCUCCAUUAACAAUAACAACAACGUUGUCGAGAGCGAAAAUCUUAAAAAAAGCCUUUAGUCUAUCAUAACUGAAUAUCAGAUUAAAGGUCUAAGUCGCCAAACGGUCAAGUAAUUUUUACUUUAGUUCUACCCGCUGUAUCAUGUCCUGCCAGCCUCGCAUUCGGACCCCGAUGGAUCCCAGGCCUUCACACAGAGGGUCUAGGUGAUUCAAUAACGACGCGAAAGGAACUACUAAUGAAAAGCUCAGAUUGGAUUAAAUCCUAACUCGGUGUAGGGCAUUGACAUUCCGGGUAGGAUUUAGAGACCCCGGCAACAACUGCUUUGUUUGUUGUUGAUAUCUCGCCGGUCACUAGUCGUACAAUGCUUAGGCGUCAUAAAUAAAAUUUUUAGACAUUCAGUGCGUUUAUAUAUAAGGAGCAAGGAAUAUUACAGAUAAUAAGGAACAACGAUACCAAGAAAAUAAGGAUUGAAUUUUCGCAGAGUAGGAGGAAUAUCAGGGAGGGUUUGUGGUGACGCCCACAGCAAUCACUACGAUGGGCCAACAUCCUGCCCAGUUUUCGUCAGGGAAUCAUUUACUGACGAGCCAACAUCGGAUACAAUGUUUACAAUCAAAUCUUCCACGUUCGUUAGCCGUAGCCAAUGCACGAUCCACAGAAAAUACUCUUAGAAUUCGAUAUUCGUACUGAUUGUAGAUACGCAAAGUAGCAGAACAAUUCUAAUACUAUCUACAACAUCUCCAUUUGCGACCCAAAUGAAACGCUUGUCUCGACUAGUGCCCGUCUAUUCUAUAGUAGGUGACGGUUAUUCUACAUUUUGUCUUGAUGCAAUCUUAUUUGACGCGGCGCCAUACGAGUGUUCUCUCAAAAAAGUGCUUUCUCAUAACCGGUUUAAUUAACGGAGGAACUUGAAAAGUAUUAAGCAAAGGCGAGAUAAAUCUUUCUAGGUAUGCGUAGCCAGGACCAAGCGUUUAUAUCGACUCGUGUCAUUCGGGCACACUGUUUUGUUUAUUUUGCUUGUCGUAGCUCUCUGUCGCUAGCUCGUCCUAGGCAUUACAAGGGCGUCGAAAUGCUUGUCGCGCAGUUAGGAUGAUUUGAUGAACAACUACCCGUACACCAUGAGACAAUGUUUUCGGCUCAAACUGCACCACAGUCAAUGGUGUAUCAGUUUAAAUGAGAUCGUUACAUUUAGAGGUUGUAGCUAAGUUUCUAAACCCGAUUCGUAAGCCUCUCGAGUUAGCGACAAUGACGCACGCGACUUUUGCUGUAUUAACGUUCAAGACGUUUUUUCCUUGUAUUUUAUUAUAUUCGCUAUACAGUACUAAGCAUCUUUUUUCGUGAUGUGUUAGGCCUGCGCUUUUAAGUUGGUAAACGACUCAAGUGUACAUAUUCCUAUAGACCCUUCAUACUAAUUAAUUGUUUGUACAUAAUCGAUACAUCCAAAGGAACUGAUGAAGACAAUACAACAAAUGAAAUACAUUGCCAAGCAUGUGACAGAAACAUGGAUUUUAUUUUCUUUCCUAUAUUAGAUCCUUUGCCUCUUAGUACCGGCUGAGAAAGAGGCGCUAUAUCACAGUUGUUAUAUUGAAUUGGUUGGGAGGUACACGGGACUAUAGGAGCUAAACGCAAACUAGACGGCAUAUAAGGGGCACGCUUAGUUAAUAGUGUUACACGUAUGUUCAAGACAGUCUUGAACAGUCAAUGCGUAGUAAAAUAAAAACGUAACUUUUUUAUAACA